CGAUAAUUCUGCAUUCCUUCUCACACAUUAUCAUACCAGUGAAACCUCGACAAGAUCUUAGGGCUAGAGCCCGGUAUACACGAUCGAAUAUAUCAUCAAGAAGUUCCUAUCGGUGGAUUCUGCCUUCGAGGGAAUACUCACUUUAUGAUACAAGACUGCAAGAUGGGCAAUCUUUCAUAAGGAGAGAUAGGAAACUUCGUUCGGUCAUGCGUCUUUUCGCCCUCUUCAUUCCAAUCGCAAGUAUUUCUCAAGAGGAAUACAACAGAUUAUCCGAACUAGUCUCAGAGGAUAUUCGAGUCCGUUCAGCUAAGUAUAGACUGAGAGAAGACGCCAUCCGAUCCCUAGCGGGGCAUCUUUUCCCUAGAUGGUACUCCCACACCCAGCAUCUCCCCAACCCAACUCUUUACACUCGGCCAAUAGGUCAACCAUACAUGUUGAUCAAUGGGGAAAACAGAGAAUAUAGUGUAUCUCACGAAGGAAAUUAUGUUUUGUUCGUCACUGGGAAUAUCUCUAAUAUAGGGGUGGACAUUUGUGUUAUCCCUCCUGAAGGAUCGGAUAUGAUAGAAGGAUUGAAUGAUGCUCUAUCCCCCUCUGAGAAAAUCUUUCUAGAAUCCCUCUCAUCGGAAGAAAAAAGAAAAGCAUUCGCACUCCUCUGGACGGCGAAAGAAGCUUAUACAAAAGCUAUCGGAGUCGGUAUACCAUUCGGACCUUCUAGAAUAUCAGUCACCCUCUCUCCUCAACUACAUGUGGAAAGUAUAAUGGUUGACCAAAUUGAUAUUCGGUCAACAGGCUGGAAGUUCGUUAUUGGACAAUUGGCGGAGACAUAUUAUUGGACGACUAUCUGGCUUGGCCCAUCUUUCGAGAUGGAGGUGGAAGCGGAGUUGGUGGAAUGGAGUGAUUUCAUCUCGAAUUUACGAUAA